UGGUGGGGAAGGGUAUCGAGUUCUCAUGCAUCAGCUGGCAAUGAAUCAAUACACCCACUUCUCUUAAACCUCGUAUUGAAAAGGUCAGUGCACCAGCAGUUCACACGAGUAUGUAUAAAAUCGUUUGUGUUUGAACGAACCAUCAACCAAUGCAUUGUGUCACCCAUAUGUUGUUUUCCAACAACAGCGACUUUGCAGCAAUUCGAAACGCUUUACAGCACAACGAAGGAUUCCGUUACCAGGGUAACAGUCAAUUCUCGCACGCUAUUCGACGAAACGCUGUCGGAAAGCUGUUCGCUGACAUGGAAGCUGCGUUGCGUGAACAGAUGUCCGUCUUUUGUUGACAAUUUUAUAGUUUUAUCCCAAUUAAAUCAAUCGCACGCUUUACCUUUAUGUAAAAUACAGCACGUCAUGGCCGAAAAGUUUGAUAAUCUCGAAGAACACCUCGAGAAAUUCGUCGAAAACAUACGACAGCUUGGGAUUAUUGUCAGCGAUUUCCAGCCCAGCAGUCAAACCGGACUCAGUCAGAAACUGAACUUUAUGAUCACAGGACUGCAGGACGUUGAGAAAUGCCGACAACAGCUUCAUGAUAUCAACGUACCGUUGGAAGUGUUCGAGUAUAUUGAUCAGGGUCGUAACCCUCAACUGUACACAAAGGAGUGUUUAGAAAGAGCUUUGGCUAAAAAUGAGCAGGUCAAAGGAAAGAUUGACACACUGACUAAAUUUAAAAGCCUCCUCAUUUCUGAGCUGGGGAAGGUUUUUCCUGAAGAAAUGACUAAAUAUAAGGCCAUUCAUGGAGAUGACCCUCCUUCAUGAGUUACCAGUGCCACAACACUUCAAACCCAAGAUGUACAUAUGUUGAUAUUAAUAUAACAUGUUUUUAAAGGUUGAAUUCAUCAGUGAAAUAUGCAAAUUUUUACAGCUUUUUCAUUUUUGUAUUUGCCUUUGUAAUUCAUAAGAUUACAGUUUAAAUACUGAGGGACAUUUUGGGGCAUCCUUGAAACAGUCCAAAGCUUUUUUUUCUCAUGCAUUGUAAUUUUCGCAGCAUAAUUUUUUAGAUUUUUCG